AUCUUCGAGCAGGGCACGGAUGAGAUCCAGUCCGCCUUCAAAUUUGCCAUGCUAAACCACAACUUGAACGUGACGGCACGCCGGUUCGAGCUGCAGGCCUACGUCGACGUAAUUAACACGGCGGAUGCGUUCAAAUUGUCACGACUCAUUUGUAAUCAAUUUUCCCGCGGCGUGUUCUCCAUGCUCGGUGCCGUCUCGCCGGAUUCCUUCGAUACGCUGCACUCGUACAGCAACACGUUCCAGAUGCCGUUCGUCACGCCCUGGUUCCCGGAGAAAGUUCUGACGCCGUCGUCCGGCUUUCUCGACUUUGCCAUCAGCAUGCGGCCGGACUACUAUCAGGCCAUCAUAGACACGGUGCGGUACUACGGCUGGGAUCGGAUAAUCUACAUGUACGAUUCGCACGACGGUUUGCUGCGACUGCAACAGAUCUACCAGGGCCUGCGGCCAGGUAACGAAACCUUUCACGUGGAAACGGUGAAACGGAUAGCGAAUGUCAGCGAUGCCAUUGAGUUUCUGCGAACAAUUGAGGAGCUGAACCGGUGGUCCCGGAAGCACAUUGUUCUGGACUGCAGUACCGAUCUGGCGAAGGACAUCGUGGUCAGCCACGUGCGCGAUAUCACGCUGGGCAAGCGUACCUAUCACUAUCUGCUGAGCGGACUGGUGAUGGAUGACCGCUGGGAGAGCGAAGUGAUCGAGUACGGUGCGAUCAAUAUCACCGGCUUCCGGAUUGUGGACACUAGCAAAAAGUACGUGAAGGAAUUCCUCGACGGUUGGAAGCGGCUCGAUCCGACGACGUCGCAGGGCGCCGGCAAGGAACUGAUUUCCGCCCAGGCCGCGCUGAUGUACGAUGCCGUGUUCGUGCUGGUGGAAGCAUUCUCGAAGAUUGUCCGCAAAAAGCCGGACCAAUUUCGGGCGUACACCAUGCGCAACCGCGGCCCGUCGUUCAGUUUGCCGACGAACGGAACGCGCACUCUGGACUGCAACAUGUCCAAGGGUUGGGUCACCCCGUGGGAGCAUGGCGACAAAAUAUCGCGCUAUUUGCGAAAGGUGGAGAUUUCCGGCCUCACGGGAGACGUAAGAUUUAAUGAAGAUGGCAAACGACAGAACUACACACUGCACGUAGUCGAGAUGACGGUGAACAGCGCCAUGGUCAAAGUGGCCGAAUGGUCCGACGAGAACGGCCUGACACCGGUGGUGGCCAAGUACACCCGGCUGAAAACGGACAUGAACUACGAGAAGAACAAGACCUACAUCGUAACGACCAUCAUCGAGGAACCGUACAUCAUGCUGCGCCAGCCCGAACCGGGCGAAACGCUGGAGGGCAACGAUCGCUUCGAGGGCUACUGCAAGGAUCUGGCUGAUUUAGUGGCGAAAAAACUUGGCAUCAACUACGAACUGCGCAUCGUCAAGGACGGUCAGUAUGGCGCCGAGAAUCCGGACGUAAAGGGCGGCUGGGACGGCAUGGUCGGCGAAUUAGUCCGAAAGGAGGCGGACAUCGCAAUCGCAUCGAUGACAAUUACCUCCGAGCGGGAGCGCGUUAUCGACUUCAGUAAGCCGUUCAUGUCACUCGGUAUUUCCAUUAUGAUCAAGCGGCCGGUUAAGCAGAAACCUGGUGUGUUUAGCUUCCUCAAUCCGCUGUCGAAAGAGAUUUGGAUCUGCGUCCUGUUCAGCUACGUCGGCGUCAGCAUUGUCCUGUACAUAGUGUCACGCUUUUCACCGUUCGAGUGGCGGCUAGUUAAUUAUAACGGCGACCAGCCGGAUGCUGUCCCCCAGGCUACGGUGAAUGAGUUUAGCAUUCUAAACUCGUUUUGGUUCGCCCUGGGCGCCUUCAUGCAGCAGGGCUGCGACAUUUCGCCACGCUCGAUCUCGGGCCGGAUCGUCGGUUCGGUUUGGUGGUUCUUCACGCUCAUCCUCAUAUCGUCCUACACUGCCAACCUGGCGGCGUUCCUCACCGUGGAACGAAUGGUCACGCCAAUCAACUCACCGGAAGACUUGGCCUCGCAAACCGAAGUCCAGUACGGCACGCUCAUCCACGGUUCCACCUGGGACUUCUUCCGGAAAUCGCAAAUUUCCCUCUACAGCCGCAUGUGGGAGUACAUGAACUCGCGGAAACACGUGUUCGUUAAAACGUACGACGAAGGCAUCCGCCGGGUGCGAACGUCCAAGGGCAAAUAUGCACUGCUCAUCGAGUCACCCAAGAACGACUACACCAACGAGCGGGAGCCCUGCGACACGAUGAAAGUGGGCCGCAAUCUCGACGCCAAAGGAUUCGGUAUCGCCACACCUUUGGGAUCACCGCUAAGGGAUCCAAUCAACCUGGCUGUACUUUCCCUCAAGGAGAACGGAGAACUCACCAAACUGGUCAACAAGUGGUGGUACGAUCGAACAGAAUGCAAGCACAGUGAGAAGCAGGACGCCUCACGCAAUGAACUAUCCCUGAGUAAUGUGGCCGGAAUCUUCUACAUUCUCAUUGGAGGACUGCUAGUGGCCCUAGCCGUAGCCCUGGUGGAGUUUUGUAUGAAAAGUUCCAACCGAGCUUCCAACCGCAUUCCCCUGUCCGAUACCAUGAGUUCGAAUUCGAAUUCGAAAAACAGACUGACGAUGCCACCGACAACCCGAGAAUACGACAACGGUCGUAUUGGUUACUACACACCGUCGACACACUCCGAUCCCGAUCCGAUCCACGCCAACUCGCAUACGCAGGUUUGA